GAAUAAAAAAAUAAUUAACCUUAGACUGUUUCUGGGGGUUUAGGGUUUUACAUUUCCCCCAAAUCCGACCAGUUACUAGACCAUGAUGAUGAUGAUUUUGAAGAGAAAUAGACUGAAGUUAGCAUCAAACUACCUCCGGAGGUUCACUACCUCGAAUCCGCGUCGUAUUGAAGACGAAGGCGAUUGGUUUUAUGCUUCGGAAUGGUGGGGCAACGGCGACUCCGAUGAUAACACCGUGUUCCGUUCUAUUUCUGACAAAGGAAACGGUGUCGUUUCUGUCGUAGCUUCUCAUUCUUCCAGACCAAAUGAAAGUCACUGGUACAAAACAGAAAAUUGGCUUCGGCAACGGUAUGCAGAGCUACAUCCAGGAGGUGAACAGAAUGUGGCCUUCAGAAUUCUUGGGUAUCAGUGGCGUACACUUCGCUUUAAUGAAGAUACCCGCCAAAGCACAGCGAAAGUAAUGGCUGCUUAUAAGGAAUCAGAUCCUGGAUCUCUAUUCUUAAGGCAGGAAGCACAUUGUUUGGCUGUUCCAUAUCUAAAGAGUAUGGUAUCUGCCGGACUGUCUUCCCUCUCAUGUAAUUAUGAUCUGAAAAGCUCUGCAUAUGGGAAGAAUACUAUGAAGGUUUUAUGCAUAGGUCAUGGUGGUGGAAGCUUACCGUUGUUUUUGGCUUCUAAAAUUCCAGGUGCCAUGAUCCACAUAGUAGAAAUUGAUCCCGUAGUUAUUUCUGCAUCAACCCAAGCAAUGGGUUUUCCAGCUUACUCCAUUGUGAAACGAUGUGGGGAGCGUGUAAACUCUAAACCAAAUCUUACAGAUGAAGUAUUGUGGAAAGGCAUUCACGAGAGGUUGCUCCUAUAUGAAUCAGAUGCCGAACAGUUCAUCACAGAAAGUAGUGACAUUUAUGACAUGGUCUUUGUAGAUGCGUAUGAUGGUGACGAUAUUUUCCCACAAAAGUUGUGGGACCCGGAUUCCAUGUUUCUCAAAGCCCUCGGAGAAAGGCUUCAUCCUGAGCACGGAACAGUAGUAGUAAAUCUUCAUUCAGAUACUGAUAUGUCGGAUGAAUCUAAACUACCAAUGGGUAAGUAUGUGUCUCAAGUAUGCAAGGCAUACAAAAAGGUGAUAUUAGAUGGUGAUGGAAGUAUUUCGGGUUCGGCGUUUAUGGUCCAUGUUCCUUGGGUUUGUAAUGCAUCCCUUGUGGUUUCUAGGGGUUUUAGGAACAGCAGUUCACAGGAUAUGGUUCUGAAUGAUGUUAUCUCAAAAUCACUAGAAGUUGAGAACACUCUGAACCUGCCAUUCUCAUGUUUACAAUAUAUAAAGAGAGGUUUAGUAUUUGUUGAUUAA